AUGGCAUCGAGUGAAGAGCCGAGGGAGGAGCCCAUGACGCCCACCGCCCGGCAAGCGCCAACAACUCCUGGUGGAGCCCCGCGCAAGCCUGCGAUGCCAGCAAUGAUGGCCGCCCUCUCCGCAGACUGCUUGGAAGAAGUGGAUGCAGCGAUCAAGGCAGAUGCAGACUCGGCAUGGGAGCCCUUCUGGGAUCAUGAUGUGGAGCCUCCGCUGUGCUUUGCUGCACGCAACUUGUGCGAUCCUCGCAUAGUGCAGCUCCUGCUCAGCAGCGGAGCCUCCACAACUGAUGUGGACCAGCAUGGUCAAACUCCUCUUGAGCUGGCUGAGUCGAGCAAGACUGGAACAGAAAUUGAGAUCUCUUGGGGAAGUACUUCUUUCCGUGAGUCCUCCUCGUUCUUUGCAUUGCCAUUGCCAGCGCGAUGUGACUCUGCAGAUCGACAGGCUCAGAUUGUGCAGCUGCUUCUUGGAUCAACUACGACGCGGAAAGCCUCGUAUGGAUCAGACUCAGCAGAAACCAUGACGCCCCCUAGGACGCCCACUGCCCGGCAAGCGCCAACAACUUCUGGUGGAGCCCCGCGCAAGCCUGCGAUGCCAGCAAUGAUGGCCGCCCUCUCUGCAGACUGCUUGGAAGAAGUGGAUGCAGCGAUCAAGGCAGAUGCAGACUCGGCAUGGGAGCCCUUCUGGGAUCAUGAUGUGGAGCCUCCGCUGUGCUUUGCUGCACGUAACUUGUGCGAUCCUCGCAUAGUGCAGCUCCUGCUCAGCAGCGGAGCCUCCACAACUGAUGUGGACCAGCAUGGUCAAACUCCGCUCGAGCUGGCUGAGUCGAACAAGAUGGGAACAGGCAUUGAGAUCUCUUGGGGAAGUACUUCUUCCUGUGAGUCCUCCUCGUUCUUUGCAUUGCCAUUGCCAGCGCGAUGUGACUCUGCAGGUCGACAGGCUCAGAUUGUCCAAUUGCUUCUGGACUCCGCCACACCGCCGAGUAGCCUGAUUGAAUCCGAAUGUUCAGAAUCCCUAAUGACGCCUCCUAUGACGCCCACCGCCCGACAAGCGCCAACAACUCCCGGUGGAGCCCCGCGCAAGCCUGCGAUGCCAGCAAUGAUGGCCGCCCUCUCGGCAGACUCCUUGGAAGAAGUGGAUGCAGCGAUCAAGGCAGAUGCAGACUCGGCAUGGGAGCCCUUCUGGGAUCAUGAUGUGGAGCCUCCGCUGUGCUUUGCUGCACGCAACUUGUGCGAUCCUCGCAUAGUGCAGCUCCUGCUCAGCAGCGGAGCCUCCGCAACGGCAUCAGACAAGGAUGCCAAGACCCCGCUUGAGUUGAUCCCGGUGGUGAGUGAGGCGAAAGAUGAGUGGAGGGACUUGCCUUUUCCAUCGCCCUUUUUCCCGGAGCCUAUGGACCAUCGCAGCCGCAGCUCCCAGCUUUCACGCCUUUUGGGCGCAGUCUAG